CGAUAAGCUCCAGUCCUCCCAUGAGUCCUGUCCAACCGACGAUAAACAGGCCAGGGUCAACCUUAUCAUGGUCUCCAGCAGCAUCCACUUUUCCUGCUCUCCCCCCUCCCGAGCCCGAAAUGUCCUCAGAGAAAGUGGGAUACCGCGACGACCUAGAGAGCGUGCCCUUCCCGCAGCCGCUCCCCAAUGUCGAGGAUGAGUCGGACAAGCGCCUGCGCGACCUGGGGUACAAGAGCGAGUUCCGGCGGGAGAUGAGCUUGUUUGGAGUCCUGGGCAUAUCGUUCUGCGCGAUUGGGAUCCUGACGGGGAUGAGCAGUGCGUUUCAGACGGGGCUGUUCUCGGGCGGGCCGCUAGGGUUGUUUUGGGGGUGGAACAUAUGCAGUUUGUUCAUGCUGCUCAUCGCGCUGUGUCUCGCAGAGAUUUGUAGUGCAUACCCGACCAUGGGUGGUCUCUACUUCUGGGUGUGCAAGAUGAAGCCCGACAUACCCGCGCUUGGCUUCUGCACGGGGUGGAUCUACUCGAUCGCCAUGGUCUUCACUGGUACCUCGGGCAAUCUCAGCGUAGCGCUAUACCUUGCGUCGCUAGCUGAGGUUGGCCAAGGUAGGACCUUGACGAGAGUGGAGAUCGCUGCUAUUGCUUGGGGCGUGAAUAUUCUGUCAGGUAUCAUUAAUACAAUCGGCACCAAGGCGAUCGGAGGGAUGAGUUCGUUUAAUGUUUGGUGGACGUUAGGAGGGACGUUCGUCCUCGUGAUAACGCUUCUCGUGAAGGCGCCUGUAAAGAACUCGGCGGGAUUCGUAUUCACCGACUUCGAAAA